AUGGCACCAAAAGAGGACUGGGAGAAGUAUAAGGCUCCUGUUGAAGAGGAAAAGAAGGAGGAGAAACAAAAUGUACCACUAUCGGAAGGAGAUAUUCAAGUUUUAAAGACAUACGGUGCGGCUCCGUAUGCAGACAGACUAAAGUCUGCCGAAAAGGACUUGAAAGAGAUUGAAGCCAGAAUCAAAGAAAAAGCAGGAGUCAAGGAAAGCGAUACUGGUCUUGCUCCCUCACAUUUAUGGGAUAUAAUGGGCGACAGACAGAGACUGAGCGAAGAGCACCCGCUGCAAGUCGCAAGGUGUACAAAAAUUAUAAAACCAGAGGCAUCUGAUGAAACGACAGGUGAGGAUGACGAGGAGGAUUCAAAGUACAUUAUCAACCUCAAGCAGAUUGCAAAAUUUGUGGUAGGAUUAGGAGAACGGGUCUCACCAACUGAUAUUGAGGAAGGUAUGCGUGUGGGUGUCGAUAGGUCAAAGUAUCACAUAGAGUUGCCAUUGCCACCUCGCAUAGAUCCUUCAGUUACGAUGAUGACGGUCGAAGAAAAACCGGAUGUUACCUACAGUGAUGUAGGGGGCUGCAAAGAGCAAAUCGAUAAGCUGCGGGAAGUCGUUGAACUACCGCUGUUGUCUCCCGAGAGAUUUGCUACAUUGGGUAUUGAUCCACCAAAAGGUAUUCUCCUUUAUGGUCCUCCAGGUACCGGUAAAACCCUUUGCGCACGGGCCGUGGCGAACAGAACUGACGCCACCUUCAUUAGAGUGAUUGGAUCUGAAUUAGUUCAGAAAUAUGUCGGUGAGGGUGCCCGUAUGGUGAGAGAACUGUUUGAAAUGGCGAGAACCAGAAAGGCUUGUAUUAUAUUCUUUGAUGAGAUUGACGCUAUAGGUGGAGCUCGUUUUGAUGAUGGUGCAGGUGGUGACAACGAAGUACAAAGAACCAUGCUUGAGCUGAUUACACAACUAGACGGGUUUGACCCAAGAGGAAACAUCAAGGUGAUGUUUGCCACCAACAGGCCUAAUACAUUAGACCCUGCUUUGCUAAGACCUGGUAGGGUUGAUCGUAAAGUAGAGUUCUCCCUCCCAGAUUUGGAGGGACGUGCUAAUAUUUUCAGAAUACACUCCAAAUCUAUGAGCGUUGAACGUGGCAUACGGUGGGAGUUGAUUUCAAGACUAUGUUCCAACUCUACUGGUGCGGAACUGAGGUCUGUUUGUACCGAAGCAGGUAUGUUCGCGAUUCGUGCCAGGAGGAAGGUUGCCACAGAGAAGGAUUUCUUGCAAGCAGUUGAAAAGGUCAUCAACGGGUAUAAGAAAUUCAGCUCCACUUCUCGUUACAUGCAAUACAAUUAA